GUUUAGUCUCCUAACAUUUUAAAAGCUUCUAAGUUUGACAUUUUCAGCCUGUGUAUCCUAAUUGCUGUAAAUUUCAUAGAACAGUUGUAAGAGAGCUUUGAGGCAGAGUUGAGUCCCGCAGCAUCCUGAACUACCUCAUGUCCUUGCAAGCUUUGACUUCAGAGAGGUGGCCAGUGUGUGAAAAACUGUUAUGUGUUUUACAGGUUUUUGUGUAUCAAAAGUUAACUUUGUACAUUUAAAUGCCACGUUAACUACUAGGCUUGAGGGGAAGGCCUGUGGGGAUGGGCGAGUUCAGUCAUUAGUGCUUUACUCUUUGGUUGGAUGGUGACUUGGAAAGGACCAGAAGGGAUUGGGUUGGCUUUAUUCCUAUUCUGUUGUUUCCCAGGUUGCCUUCUGGAGCCAAAAGCUGCAAGAUGAGCAGAACCCAUCUGGUUAUCCAGAGAAUCCUGUUGUGUGGGAUUGGGGGUUAGCAACCCUUGCACCUCUGUUGUGAGAGGCUGCGAAUGGAGAUGGGCAAUUUUUUAGGUUGAUAAUAGCUUGUGGUUUAGACAGCCAGAGAACUGGGGGGACAUGCCUGUCCUUUCUCUAUAACUUCAGUAGUUGCGUGAUAUUUUAAAAGGCUUCCAGUGUAGUUCAAGUGACAUGUAUUCCUCAGAAAGCCAGUGGGAAAAUCCCUCCCAGUAGAGGAACAGGAGUUGCCAAAUUGCAUUGGUGUCCCAUUCAAACCUGCGUUUGCAGGUUGGGUGUGCCACAGAGGCCAGAUGUCCAAAGGGUUUGGAAAUAGCUGUGCCUGGUUGAUUGUGAUUGAUUUCAGCUAAGUUGUGAUAUUACAGCCGAUGGUGCUUUUUAGAUGAGCACUUUAGGUAUGCAGUGUUGCAACAUGUAACUUUCACACCUAAAAAUCAGAAGCCUUUUCAUUGUUUAGGAUUCUGCUCUUAUUUUCCUUAGGGAAAUGGAGAGCGGGUUGCUUAGCAUGUGUUUUAGACUCCCUUUUUUGUUUUGUUUUGCUUCUUUGUACCAAAGCUAAAAUGGAGGGAGGGAGUCAGGUUGGCAUGGAUACAUGACAUGCUAUUAAACAUGGCAUUUUGGUUUUGUGUCUUUAGAUCAGAAAUUAUUUACAUAACAUGCGGUGGUAGCAAAGCUGUCUUUAUCAAAGUUUUAGGCUAUAUUCUGCAGCAGAAGAGCACACCUUAGAGAAAUGCUUUAUGUGCUUUGAUAGCCCUUCUUGAAAUGGCAGCAAUUUAUAUUAUUGAUACAAAAGAAACUGGAAUAUUACUACUGCUGGAAUUCUAGAAAUAUAUAUAUUUUUUUUUAGCUUUAUCUAACAGGUUGAGUCUUGCUUAGUGACAUUGGGCAGCCCGACUAAACAUAGACAACCUUAUCUGCAAGAUUCUGCAUGCUCACAACAGUCCUUGGAUUGGUGAAAUGCUUAGGGAACAGCUUGUAAUAUUCACAACUUUUUUAUAAGUAAUUUCUUUUGGAGAUUUUAAAGAUGUGGCAAACAGGUCCUUAUAUAGUAUUGCCAAAGCUGAGCUGCAGAGCUUGAUAAAGUCGCUUUUACUUGUGUUAACUGAGGAGCCUCCUACCUCGUAAGAUUAUGAAGCUGUUUCAGCUUGAUAAUGCUUUAUGCUUGACUAGCAUAUGUCACAAAACCAAGCUAUCACAAUGCAGCUUUGCCUGUAUUUAUUUAUUUCCCCUCAUUUCAUUUCCUUACUGCAUUAAAAUUGAGGGUAGGCAGCAGUGAGGCUUGGAAGUUUCACAAAGCCUAAAACGGGUGCGAAGUAUUCAGUGACUUAUAAUGUAAAAAUUCUAGAAGUCCUGAAUUCCUUUUGUUCCAGUUUCAAACAAUGCAGCUUUGUUCCUAGUGUACAGAAACAAAAUAAGUGAAACUAGUCAAACUUCCAUUGUCCAAACUGUCUGACACACAGAUAAACUAUUGCUGCUGUUCUACUUUGCUUUUUGCUGGAUUGUUGGCAACUGCUAAGCUUUAAGACUAUUAAAUUUGGGGUUAGUGUGAGAGAUUCAGCUGGGGGAUUUCUAGCAGGGCCCUUUUCACGUAAGGAAAGGGAUGCUUCUAACUGAAGAUACUUACUCUGGAAUUGUAGGAAUCCCUACACUAGUUUAUAUCACUUGUUACCUCGUGAAUGCUGAAGUGAGCAAUUAAAUUACUACUGCUACAGGUGAGGUUUCUUCUGAACUCAGUGAAAUAAUCUUACGCUAGCCAAGCCAUGGUGUUUGUAAAGGUUAAAAACAGAUUUCAGUGUCAUCGUAAAGAUGUUAAACUUGAAACAGAGUUGUCGGAUUGUGGCAUUGUUUUAGGGUGGUUGGGGAGGAUGUGUUUUUGUGUGGUGUUGGCGAGGUUUUUUUCUAGCCUUGGUUUUGUUUUGAGUCUCAACUUCAUAGAAAGGCCUUCACAUAUUGCAAGAGUAGACUAGAAGUUAUCUUGAGUAAUUUUUUUUUUUUUGCUGCUAGUUCUCUUUUAAGUAAGCACCCCAAGCUUCUGUCUUUCCAUGCCUUUAUUCGAUAGAGCCACUUAUCUCAACCAAGUUUUAAUCAUGUCUUCUCUUAGAGCUGGUGUCAUCAAAACUACAUGCAGACUAAAUAAUGUCAUAACUGACAUUUUUUCCUUGGUACAUUUAAACAGUUUUGUUUACUUGACGGUGUAAAGCAAAGGUGUUGCACUGUGUGGAAGAGUGCUCAUGCCUCUUGCCCAAAUGGACACUGUAGGGUUAUGACUGUAAAGUGUUUUGGAGCUGCUGUUUUGAUGGGGUAAUUUUUGUGGACAAAUUCACCUCCAGUGGCUGCUCUGAAGUUCAUAUCACCAAAAGUACAGAUGAGCUAAAACUCCAUCUGCAGACUUAAUCUUUCUAAACUCACCUGUUUCUAAUCGGCAAACAAUGCUGUAAGCUUCUAAACUUAGCUCUGAGGCUUGCUUGUUAGUAUUUCAGUCUGAAAAUUAAGGACUUCUCUUACCCAAUUAAUGUAUAUGUGAGAGAUCCCCUUGUUUUGAGAUGAGACACUUAAUCCUUCUGCAAGGUAAAGCUGACAGUCUGUUCUUACUCAUUUUUUGUGACCCAUUCAAGGUUCUAGGAGAUAGACUAGUGGGAGGUGACAUCCUUUGAAGGAGCUGCCAUGUUAAUUAAAUCUGCUAGAUGUCUUUAUUUCUUAAUAUCUUCUGUGCCUGAUAAAUUGGCAGAAUGGCCUGGUUUGUGAAUAUGUGAUCACCUCAAAUGCCUUUAAAAGAGAAGUAGAAUCUAGUUCUGACACAGCAAGUGGUGUUCUGUGGUCAGUAGCAGUCGCACCAAUUACCGUUUGUUCUUCUGGGUAGUACAGUCUUUUGAUGCUUAAAAGUGUAUCUUCCCCUUGUCCCAGUACCUUACAUCCACUGCUUCAAUUGUGGUGCUACCAUUUUGGAAUCAGCCCACUGAAAGAAGGUUUCUCCCUACUAUUGCACAGACUAAAACUAGGAAGAAUAAGAAUUAUGUGCCUGAGGCUUAACUUAGCACAUUCGGCAGAACAGGUAAUUCUUGUAAUAAGUUAUGUGUGUGACCAAGCAGCUGGAUGUGGCUUAGCUGUACAUGUAGGGGAGAGCAAGCAAGGGAAUGCUGAUUUGGAGUCUCUGAAUGAGUGUAUCUGAAAUGCCAAUAAGUAUUUUUGUCCUCUUACCUCCUUUAGAGUAGGUGUUCAGCUUUGUUAGGUUUUGAUGUUUUGUUACCAGUGGGUGUUACGGGGGUUGUGGAGGAGAAGGGAAAUGAAUCUCUAUUUGAGGUGCAUCUUAGAAUAUAUAAGCAACAGCUCAAGUUAUGUGGACUCAUGUCAUUUUUGUCUUAGUACUAACACAAAUGGACUUCCUUCUUAAGGAAGCAAAAUAUUUUCUCUCUUAAUCUUAAAACAUAGACUGUUGGCUUUUCUAACAAGUCUUUACACUGUCUAGAAUAGCUUUUUGAAAUUAAUUUUGCUUGUCCUACACAUAAAGGAGUCUGUGACCUGAUGGUAGUGUCCUAUUUAAUAUGUAGCUAACAUACUACAAUAGUGGAACAUUUGUUCUUUCCACUAUGCAGAACAAAAUUUCUCCUAUGAAUGAAUUACUACCUAAUGUAAUGGCAAGCAAGAAAGAAAAGCUUUCCUUAUAAGCUUUUUAUCGCUAACUUGUUGUUACAAGAUAAACUAAAUGAGUUUUAAUUGUGCUUCCCUCAUGCAGUGUGUUUCACUGACAAAGACUCUAGCAUUAGCAUAAUACAGUCUCACCAUUUCUGCCUCUUGUAGUUCUGGUAAUGCUCAAAAACGUGGUGCAACAAAGACCAGAAAAGGCUUAUUUUUUUUCCUUUUAAGUUUACGGGUAUGAUAGCAUCUUGUGUAGUAAACCAUUUCUUUCUUCCUGCUUCUAAAUAUGGUGGUUAUCUUGAAAAGAUAUGAAAAACAAAAUAGAGGAAAAAUCUACAAAUGAACAAAAGAGCCAGAGCAAAUCUGGAAAGUGAAACUGUGUGAACAAGAGACCGCAUCGUGUAUGCCCUUAAGUGCAGGAAGGGGAACUUCAAUUGUGAGUAUGUGUGUGUGCACAAAGCCAGAACGAAAUGUAACUUGUAUUCAUGGUUCUAAUUCUUUUAGAGAUGGUGGAGCCAGGACAAGAUCUGUUGCUUGCUGCUUUGAGUGAGAGUGGAAUCAGUCCAAAUGACCUAUUUGAUAUUGACUCUCCGGACGUGGUUCUUACAAAUCCAGCACCAACUCCAGCUGUUCAGCAGUCAGUGCCACUUAGUGCAUUAGAACUAGGCUUGGAGACUGAGGCUACAGCUGCUGUGAAACAAGAACCAGAGACUGUAUCAACUCCAGCCUUAUUAAAUGUUCGGCAACCACCAUCCACCACAACCUUUGUGCUGAAUCAAAUAAAUCAGCUUCCAACUUUGGGGACUACACUAGUGAUGACAAAAACAACACCUGUUACAACUACAAGGCAGACUAUCACUGUAGCAAAAAUCAUUCAGACCAGCACAACUACUCGUCCCUCGGUUGCAGCACCAGCAGUUCGCAAUGCCUUGACCACUGCACCUUCAAAGGACCAGAUUCAGCUGAAAGAUCUGCUAAAGAACAAUAGUCUUAAUGAACUCAUGAAAUUGAAGCCACCUCCUAAUAUUGCCCAACCAGUAGCAACUGCAGCAAAUAUAAUUGUAGUUUCUCCUGAGGUGGUAAAUGUCACUAGAUCAGCUGAUCUAAGCAAUGGUGCCGUGAAGAAGGAGGCUUCCACAAAAGAGGUAGCAAGAAUAUGGAUAAAUGAUAUUAAAAUGAGAAGUUUUUCCCCUACUAUGAAAGUGCCAGCAGUAAAAGAAGAGGAGGAACCUGAGGAAGAAGAUGAGGAAGAAAUGGGCCAUGCAGAAACUUACGCUGAGUAUAUGCCAAUAAAACUAAAAAUUGGUCUACGCCACCCUGACCCAGUAGUGGAAACCAGCUCAUUAUCCAGUGUGACUCCUCCUGAUGUGUGGUACCAGACAUCGAUAUCAGAAGAAACAAUUGAUAGUGGCUGGCUGUCAGCUCUGCAGCUUGAAGCAAUCACUUACGCAGCCCAGCAACAUGAAACAUUCCUGCCCAAUGGAGACAGAGCUGGAUUCUUGAUAGGUGAUGGUGCUGGUGUAGGAAAAGGAAGGACCAUAGCUGGAAUAAUCUAUGAAAAUUACUUGUUAGGCAGAAAAAGAGCAGUCUGGUUUAGCGUGUCAAAUGAUCUGAAAUAUGAUGCUGAAAGAGAUUUGAGAGAUAUUGGAGCAAAAAACAUAUUGGUUCAUUCAUUAAACAAGUUCAAAUAUGGGAAAAUUUCUUCCAAACAUAAUGGAAGUGUGAAGAAAGGGGUCAUCUUUGCUACCUACUCUUCUCUUAUUGGUGAAAGUCAGUCUGGUGGUAAAUACAAAACCAGAUUAAAGCAGCUUCUUCACUGGUGUGGUGAAGACUUUGAUGGAGUCAUUGUAUUUGAUGAGUGUCAUAAAGCAAAGAAUCUGUGUCCUGUUGGUUCCUCAAAACCAACAAAAACAGGUCUGGCUGUAUUGGAGCUUCAAAAUAAACUUCCAAAAGCCAGGGUUGUUUAUGCCAGUGCCACAGGUGCAUCUGAGCCAAGAAACAUGGCAUACAUGAACCGUCUCGGAAUAUGGGGUGAAGGAACUCCUUUUAGGGAAUUCAGUGAUUUUAUUCAGGCUGUUGAAAGAAGAGGUGUUGGUGCCAUGGAAAUAGUUGCUAUGGAUAUGAAGCUGAGAGGAAUGUACAUAGCAAGACAGUUGAGUUUUUCAGGUGUAACUUUCAAAAUCGAUGAAGUUCUGCUUUCACAGGAGUAUGUGAAAAUGUACAAUAAAUCUGUGAAACUGUGGGUCAGUGCUAGAGAGAGGUUUCAGCAAGCAGCCGACCUUAUCGAUGCAGAGCAACGAAUGAAGAAGUCCAUGUGGGGUCAGUUUUGGUCAGCUCAUCAGAGGUUCUUCAAGUACCUUUGCAUAGCGUCUAAAGUGAAGAGGGUGGUGCAGCUGGCUCGGGAAGAAAUCAAGAAUGGGAAGUGUGUUGUUAUUGGCCUGCAGUCAACAGGAGAAGCAAGAACGUUAGAGGCUUUGGAGGAAGGUGGUGGUGAACUGAAUGACUUUGUUUCUACAGCGAAAGGAGUAUUCCAGUCUCUUAUUGAAAAGCACUUUCCAGCUCCCGACAGGAAGAAGCUGUUUAGCUUGUUGGGAAUUGACUUGACUGCUCAAAGUAAUAACAAUUCACCCAGAGACAGCCCUUGCAAGGAGAACAAAAUAAAGAAACGGAAAGGUGAAGAAAUAAGCAGAGAAGCAAAAAAAGCUCGCAAAACAGGUGGCCUUGCAGGUAGCAGCUCUGAUGAGAGUGAAAGUGAGUCUGAUGCUUCAGACAAUGAAGAAAGUGACAAUGAGAGCUCCAGAUUUUUGAGUUCUGGAGAUGACGAUGACUUCAACCCGUUCAGAGAUGAAUCCAGUGAAGAUGAUGAAGAUGAUCCCUGGUUAAUUAGAAAAGAGCAUAAAAAGAAUAAAGACAAGAAAAAGAAGAAAAGCAUAGACCCAGAUUCUAUUCAAAGUGCCUUACUAGCUUCUGGUCUCGGAUCAAAACGACCUAGCUGUUUUACUUCCACUGUUGGUACCACCACCUCUAGUACCAACACGUCAGCCAACAGUAACACAAACAGCAGCUUUGUAACAAGUCAGGAUGCUGUCGAAAGGGCCCAACAAAUGAAAAAAGAACUGCUUGAUAAACUGGAAAAGCUGGCUGAAGAUCUUCCUCCAAAUACACUGGAUGAGCUUAUAGAUGAACUGGGUGGUCCAGAAAACGUUGCAGAGAUGACAGGCCGCAAAGGGAGAGUCGUGAGCAAUGAUGAUGGCAGCAUAUCUUACGAGUCAAGAUCUGAACUUGAUGUGCCUGUUGAGAUUCUGAACAUCACAGAAAAGCAGAGGUUCAUGGAUGGAGAUAAGAACAUUGCCAUCAUCUCGGAGGCUGCCAGCUCUGGUAUAUCAUUGCAAGCAGACCGCAGAGCUAAGAAUCAGAGACGGAGAGUUCACAUGACUCUGGAACUGCCGUGGAGCGCGGACAGAGCAAUACAGCAGUUUGGAAGAACUCACAGAUCCAACCAAGUGACUGCUCCAGAGUACGUGUUCCUAAUUUCUGAAUUGGCAGGAGAGCAAAGAUUUGCAUCUAUUGUUGCAAAAAGACUGGAGAGUUUGGGAGCCCUCACCCAUGGGGACAGACGGGCUACGGAAACUCGAGACCUCAGCAGAUUCAAUUUUGACAACAAGUAUGGCAGAAAUGCUUUAGAGAUUGUUAUGAAAUCCAUUGUGAACUUGGACUCACCAAUGGUCUCACCUCCUCCUGAUUUUCCCGGAGACUUCUUCAAAGAUGUUCGUCAGGGAUUGAUUGGUGUAGGCUUGAUAAAUGUAGAAGACAGAUCUGGAAUACUAACGCUUGAUAAAGAUUAUAACAAUAUAGGGAAGUUUCUGAACAGAAUUCUUGGCAUGGAAGUCCAUCAGCAGAAUGCUUUAUUCCAGUACUUUUCUGACACGUUAAGUGCAGUUAUUCAAAAUGCUAAAAAGAAUGGAAGAUACGAUAUGGGCAUCUUGGAUUUGGGCUCUGGGGAUGAGAAGGUGAGAAAGGCAGAUGUUAAGAAGUUCUUAACUCCCGGAUAUUCUACCUCUGGACAUGUAGAACUAUACACAAUCAGUGUAGAGAGAGGAAUGUCUUGGGAUGAAGCAACUAAGAUCUGGGCAGAACAGACAGGUCCAGAUGAUGGAUUUUAUUUAUCACUACAGAUAAGAAAUAACAAGAAAACUGCUAUUCUAGUAAAAGAAGUGAAUCCUAAAAAGAAGCUUUUUUUAGUAUACAGACCAAAUACUGGGAAACAACUCAAACUAGAAACAUGUGCAGACCUGAAAAAGAAAUAUAAGAAGGUACCUUCUGAAGAUGCUCUGCCACACUGGUUGGAGCAGUACAACUCUUCUGCGGAUACCUGCACUCAUGCUUAUUGGAGAGGCAAUUGCAAGAAGGCAGGCUUGGGAUUAGUGUGUGAAGUGGGACUCCGCUGUCGAACUUACUACGUCUUGUGUGGUUCAGUAUUGAGCGUCUGGACAAAAGUAGAAGGCGUUCUAGCCUCUGUGAGUGGUACCAAUGUGAAAAUGCAAAUCGUUCGUCUAAGAACAGAAGAUGGGCAGAGGAUUGUAGGUUUGAUCAUUCCUGCAAAUUGUGUAUCACCCCUUGUAAACCUCCUGUCGACGUCAGACCAGUCUCAGCAGCUUGCAGUACAACAGCAGCAGAUCUGGCAGCAGCAUCACCCACAGAGCAUCACCAAUUUCAACAAUGCAUAAGAGGACAAACUACAGGUGUUGACUUUGGUGUUUUGAGGAAAAGGCUGUAAAAGCAUAUCACUUGCAUAAAAAUCAGGGACAGAUUCCAAAGAAAUAUAACUUUUUCAGUUCAGUUGUGUGCUCUCAAAUACUUUGGGAAUAAAGAGAUCUUAAAAGGUUGGUAGAACUGAAAGCCAGCAGUUGUUUAUGGUGGUGCAUCUGUCUUUCCUUAUGCUCUCUGUAGUGCUUCCUGUUUGCUUUUACUUUUGGCCUUUUAAGCUACAAACCACAAUUUGUUUGAAAAUGCUUGAAAAUCCCCAAGCAGGCUUUAUUUUUAUCUUGUCAUACAGUGCUCAGGGUUUAACGCAGUGCAUCAAUGCCAUUGCUGUGGGAGAUAUCCUCGAAUGCAUGUAUUGAGUAUAUAUAUAGAAAAUAUAUAUUGGGUUUUUUCUCUUCAAUUUAUGAGUUUCUAAAAGCAUGAAACCUAGAGGUUGCACAUCAUGCAUUCAGGUUCCUUCCCAGUUUCUGUUUGACAGUGCAUGUCUUUGGAAACGGGCAUGGACAGGAUAAACACACAAGACAGGAAUUCGGAGAGAAACACAAUCUUAGUUGUACAGCAUUGGUUAUUGCAUUUUUAUAGUGUUUAUACCCAGGUGUUGCAUUUUUUCUGGUUCUCUCCUGGGGGUUAUAUAUUUGAGUCUACAACAUGUUCUUUUUGUGAUAAAACAUCUUAAAUUAAAAUUAGUUCCUUUUUAAUGUAUUAAUGGUAUUCCUAAUGUGUACUGCAAAGGCGGCUGGAUGCCUCUUUUCCUUCAAUUGAAGCAUUUCCUUAAUCCGAGGUGGUUACAGAAACUUAAGUGCAAAUUCACUUCCAUCUCGCACACAAUCUUCUAUUUUUUACUUCAUUAACGUAAUUUAAUUUGUCACUUGUAAGAUGAAACCUACUUGAGCUGUAAAUUAGAGAAUGGGAAACACUUGAGGGUUCCGCUGUAUGUGCUGUUUCUGUUACCCAGUAACUUGAAUACUGUUUAAUAUGUUGUAAGACAUUGUAGAGUUUAUCUGGAGCUGUUUAAAAGAAAUUGUAAUGUACAAAUGUGAAUAGUCACUUAUCUAUAAUAUGGGUAAGUUUUGUUUUGCCUAUAAUAGUAGAUGUUUAUAAGAAAGUGAAGGACAAUGUUUGUCAUUUCUUGCUUGCACAGGUUGCACUAUUGAAAAAUUGAGAUUGUAUAAACCUGUCCAAAAAAAAAACCCCUACAAGAUAAUGAUCUUGUAGAUGUCAAAUAAAAGUUAUUGUACUAACAAGAAGUGGAGUCUUGUUUAGGCAAUCGCUGUAUUCCAAAAAGAACUAACAAGUCUGUACAAUUGGAAUUCGACAGGACUUGGCAUGUUCCAGUCUGCUUGAACCAGGCUUCUGUCUCGCAGCCCAAAUGUCUCAGCUGAACUCAUUAAUGAGGCAAGGAGUCAACUCUGCUUAAACCUGGAUGCGUGCUUUAAGUGAGGCUCAGCUGACAGAGCAGCACAUCCCCUGCAGAGGUAGAGUAUGUCACUUGUGUAAAGGGUGAGCCAGAUUCAAGGGUCAUGAACAGGGAGUUAAGGGAGCCAGAAGUU